GCGACCAUCCUGUAUAACUCUGUAAAUUGAGAGAAUGCAAAAGUAUUCAUAUUCCAUGCUUGCCUCGAUUGCUUUCAUUUCUCUGCUAAAUGUAUCACAGACAGCGCGAAUUUCCUUGAGUCUAUCCAAACCUUAUUCUUUUCCCCUGCAUGAAGAAUUUCUUCCAUACAUCACAUAAAUUCUAUCCCCUGCUAUCUCACAGUCAAGAAACUGCAUUUCUUACAGAUGGCAGCCACAUCUCUUUUCAUUUCAAACUCAUUUUCCUCAUGCCUAUUCUCUCAGAGGCAAACUCUGAGCUCCAAAUCAUACCUCCAUGACUACCCAACUGCCAUUCCAUUUUCCUGUUCCUCAACUUGUUUCAGUACUCAUAAACUCAAUUACUUUUCUGCACCCAAAACCUAUGCAUUAAGAAGCAGUAAAUUCCACAAGAAAUUGGCACCACCUGUGAAGGGAGGAGGGAGUUCCACCCUCCAAUAUACAGAAGAUGAAGAAGCACCAUCAGCUGCAGCCAUUGUUGAUAGGUUUUAUGCUGCAAUAAACAGAAAAGAUGUUAAAUUGUUGUCAAAACUUUUAGCAGAAGACUGUACCUUGUAUUGUAUGUUCUUCUUUCAGCCUUUUAAAGGCAAAGAUAAUGUUAUGAUGUUUCUAUGGGAUUUGAUGGAUUCUAUGGACUCUCAAAUGCAAUUUGUGAUAGAUGAGACCACUGAAGGAAAGCCACAUAAAGUGGCAGAAUUGUGGCAUUUAGAACAGAAAAAGGAAAAGUUUUACUUAGGCAGUGGUUGUAGCUUCCACAAUUGUAAAAGUUAUCAAGGAAAGCUCUUAAUCACUGACAUUCAAAUCUUCACAGACUUACCAAUUAAGCUGGACAUCCUUGCUUUUGCUUUUGUGAAGGUCGUUAGAAAAGUAAUAAAGGCAUUUCCAUUUCUGCCUAAACAAAUGCAUCAACUUCAAAACCCUCAAUACCAAUUUCUAUGUGGGUUGGCAUUUUCCCUGUUGGUGUUAUGCAAUCUACUUGGUUUAUUGUAAUUCAGAUACACGUACAACUGAAAAGGCAGAAAGCUCAGAAGGUCUACCAGCACAUUUACAUGAGGUCUCUGCUUCUGCUGCUCAUUUUCUGAAUCACAUUCAUAUCAAAUAAUCAUAUUGGUUGUCUUUCUUAACAAUUAUAUCAUUGUCCGGAGAAAAGAUUGAAGCUAAGCAGCUAAAAUUGAUUUUCUGGGAAUCAAAUUCUUUACUGUCUACUUUGAAGCCAACAUUCUAGCUUAUAUCUAAAUUGGAUACUUGAUUUAUUAUAA